AAUAAUCGACUGUCUGAGGUAAUUGAAUUAAUUUUGAGGUUAUGUUAUGAUUGUGACGACGCCAAUUUCUGUAUAACUACUUUUAGCAAAUAUUUUUUCUAAUAGUUUUUCAAUUAGAAUUUAACUGUUAAAUUGUUCAAUUAAAAGCGUAUUGUUGAUGUAUUCAGCUAGUUGUCUUGCCUCAGCUAUAUUUUUCAUUUUGUUGACAUCAUGUGUCUCAAAGAAUGAAGAAAUAAAACCUACUGUUGAUUUCCUCCUCUGUCGCCAAUGUGGUACGGACCUUGCCUCUGCCAAUACGAUUGUCAGCUAUCUAAGUCCGGCCGCCGAGGGACGUAAAAACGUCACACUUUUUGGUCUACAGAACGUUUUGCUGCAAACUCUGAGAAAUCCGCUGAACAUCAAGUUUCAAGUAAUUACACUUACCAAGGCCAACUGUAUUGGCACUGGACACUGGAACGUUGAUGACUCCUGGUUUCCAGGCUAUGCAUGGAAGACCUGUCUCUGCACGCAUUGUAACAAUCAUCUAGGAUGGUUGUUUGAACCCAUAGCUACAGCACAUAACGGUCGUCAAUACACAUCUAGCAAAGGAUUCUAUGCUCUAAUCUUAGACAACGUGAUCAGUGAAUUUUAUUCCAACUCACUUCUAGCUACACCGAAGCACACAUUCCAUAUUAAGAAACAGCACCAGGAUUUAUAACAAACAUAAUAUCCAUUUCAAUCCCUUGAAUUAUUUCAGGAAGAGCAGCCGACUUGGUAACGAAUAGAAAACUUUUUCAAAUAUUGAAUUCUCACAAAAAAGGACUGUACAAUUUGAAGGAAACUAACAUAGAGGUGAUACAAAUCAUCAGCCGAAUUGAUUACAAACAAAAAGUCUCUUGAGUUUGCACUGCAGAUUAACAGAGAUUCACAAAAAACUUCUCAAAUAUUAAAUUUGCAGGUUAAUUAAGUCGAGUAACAAAGAUUUACUGUAGUAAUCUAACUAGUAACUGCAGAACUUGGAACAAAUUUACAUAAAGGGUUUUACAAUUCGUGCAAAAAAGUCGAGGUUGGUGAAAAUAUAGUUUUUUCUAAUAAAAACCAAGAUGGCAGCCAUUGUAGCAAGUUACACCGAGGAGCAGCUGAAAUUUCUUCAAGAAUGUGAGGAAGAAUUCAAAGAUAGAUACACUGAUGCCGAUCCGCUCUACGUUAAAGUGAGAGAUCAACCACCCACAACUCCGCCAAUAGAAUAUCCAUUCAUCGUUUACAAUCGAGACAGGGAUCGUAGGGGUCGCGGCGGGAGGGGUGGCUACGGUAGAUAUAAUAACCGUGACCGUUACUCGGGGAGCCGUGACCGUUACUCCGGUAACCGUGAUUACGGGAACCGCGACCGAGGGUACGGUAACCGAGACUACAACAGGGACCGUGACCGUGAUGGCUAUAACCGUGACAGUUACAACCGUGAAGAAGGGAGCCGUAGAGGCUAUUCCGACAGUAACCGUGACCGUGGUGAUAGUAACCGUGACCGUGGUGAUAGUAACCGUGACCGUGGUGAUAGUAACCGUGACCGUGGUUUCGAUAGUAACCGAGACCGUGGUUUCGAUAGUAACCGUGAUCAAAGUGGUUACCGUGAUAAUCGUGACCAAGGUGGCCGUGACCAAUUCAACAGGGAUGAAAGUCUGCGUGAACGUUACAACAUGAGGCGUGAUGAAAGUAACCAGGAUGGGAACCGUGACGAGAGUAACAGCCUUAAACGUCACCAUGAUGAAAGUAACAAUUACCCUGAUGGAAGUAACUGAUAACCAUAAAAAUAACUUCUAACCGAUCUUAGGAGGGGAACUGUAAUAUUUUCAACUAAGGUUAUUGUGAUUGUGUGUAAAGUAACAGUUCCAACAGCCGUAAACGUCACUAUAUUGACAGUAGGCUGAAGAAGUCGCUUAUGGACAGGGAAUGUAGAGACGGAAAGCAACUGGCUGCCAGUGCUUUCCAUUAUCAUCAUGUCAUUUCCCAUCUAGACGGGUUUCUGGUGAAUGGAAAUUGACAUAAUGAAAAGCCAAUGACUGCCAGUAACUUUACAUCUCUACUUUCCGUGUCCAUAAACAGCUCAGUGAUAAUGGAAAAUUUCUAAGAAAACCUAGUGACUCAUUCAUGUUAAAAUAUUUAUUGUCUUUCCAAACUAAUUCAAAGUUAAAAUAUGAUUGGUUAAAGUUGAAAAUCAAAGAGAAAAGGGACAUUAGACUAGAAAACUGUAAUUCAUCAUUGUAGAAUUUUAUGCUGUUUGAAUGUGUGCUUUUUGAUUGAAAAUUGUAUAAUAGGUAUUGAUAUGGAAAUACUGUGGGCCCAUUCUUGAAAUAGAAAAUAUGAAUUUUUUUAAUAGGCAAUGAUAUUAUUUAUGAGUCUAUUUGAAUUUUCAUCAUAUCAUUAUAUUUGAAUUUAUUAUUCAAAGAUAAUUGAUAUAAUAUUCGAUUCAUUGCCAUUCAAUUUUAUUUUGUUCUCAGCAUUUAUUUAGAGAUUUUUUGGAAUUGUAGUAAUUAUUCAUAAUGUAGGUCAUUGAUUAGAACUACUUAAAUUAUCACAUCAUUGACAAUAUAAGUAUGGCAUGGAUAUUGUAUUUUGAAGUUUGCAGCAGAAUAAAAAAUAAUAUUUUAAAUUCCA